GAUGAAAAAUACCAACGACUGAAGAGCAACGUCUGGUUAACUAUGUCAUGGUACGACUACAGAAUUGCCUGGAAUCCCAGUGAAUUUGCUGACAUCAAGUCCAUCAACAUAGCCGCCCACAAACUCUGGAAGCCGGAUAUUGUUGUAAUGAACAAUGUUGAUGGUGAAUUUGAGGCGGUUUGGAAGCCAAACACCAUUCUUCACAGUGAUGGACGUGUACUUUGGAUACCACCUGCCAUUUUCAAAACCGCCUGUGAAAUUGAUGUGCGAUACUUCCCAUUUGAUCAACAAACCUGUCACAUGGAUCUUGGAAGUUGGACUUAUACUAACAAAGAGGUUGAACUUCAAUUCUACGUUAAUCAGACAAACAUUGACCUCUCCGACUACGUGAAGAGCGGCAUGUGGGACUUUGUAGAAGGACCAGUCUCUUCCACUCAUCGCCGUGGCAGCGUUUCCAAUCGUCCCACCACCGCUCGUCUGACCUUUAAAAUUGUGCUUCGUCGAAAACCCCUCUUUUACAUCACCAACAUCAUCAUUCCCUGCGUAUUAAUUUCCAUACUGGGUGUUUGUGUUUUCUGUUUGCCCGCAGACGCAGGAGAAAAGAUAACUCUUUCAAUCAGUAUUUUGGUGACCCUUGUAGUUUACAUGAUUCUAGUGAGUAAGAUACUACCUGCAGGUCCAAAAAGCAUUCCCCUACUGUCACAAUUUCUACUCUUCACAUUUGCAAUGACCUUUUUGGCACUGUGCAUCACAGCUGCGGUGAUAAUUAAUCUGAAUCAUUGCAACCCGAAAAGUCACCCCACUGUUCCUCUGUGGGUUCAACGCAGCUGCAUGGAUUGGCUGUCGCCUGUUCUCUGUUUGCAAAGGUUCGACGAAAUACGAAUUAGGUAUUUACGCCACCCAUUAUCGACAGGAGAAGUUCAGAUGGAGAACGAGAGUGAAUCGGAGACAAGUGCCUUGGAGGAUGAAUCUACUCCAAGCCUAAACACCAUUAUCAAGAGCGUGAAGCGUAUUACAAAGCACGUAAUGGCCGAAGAAAGGGAAAAGCAGGUGCGGGAGAAUUGGAAACACGUAACGUCAGCAAUCGACCGAGUUCAACUAAUUAUUUUUACAUGCGUGACCGUCUCUGGGACGCUUAUAAUCCUCUUCAGUGCGCCAUACAUUUUCGCAGAAAUCGACCAGGCAUCCAUCAUCAGGAAAUUUUCCUAUAACAGGAGGGACUUGCAGUGA